GGCCGGCGGAGAGCGGCUCACCACAUCCUCCCCUUCCUCCCCACUCUGCACACGCGGCUGGGUGGCAGCCAGCGGCCUCGGACAGACCCGCUGGCGUCUCUCUGCUGAGUGACCACCCUCAUCUGUCACCCCUACGCUGAACCCAGCUGCCUCCCCCAGAAGUCCAUCAGAUUGCCCCCAGCACACGGAAUGGACUUGUGAGAAGGAAGCUGAAACAGAAGGUCCGUGGGAGUCAGCAUGCCGCGUGGCUCGGCCGUCCCCUUGCUCCUGCUGCUGCUCCAGGGAGGCUGGGGCUGCCCCGCCCUCGUCUGCUACACAGAUUACCUCCAGACGGUCAUCUGCAUCCUGGAGAUGUGGAACCUCCACCCCAGCACGCUGACCCUCACCUGGCAAGACCAGUAUGAAGAGCUGAAGGACGAGGUCACCUCCUGCAGCCUCCACAGGUCGGCCCACAACGCCACGCAUGCCACGUAUACCUGCCACAUGGAUGUGUUCCACUUCAUGGCCGAUGACAUUUUCAGUGUCAACAUCACAGAUCAGUCUGGCAACUACUCCCAGGAGUGUGGCAGCUUUGUCCUGGCUGACAGCAUCAAGCCGGCUCCCCCUUUCAACGUGACCGUGACCUUCUCAGGACAGUAUAAUAUCUCCUGGCGCUCGGAUUAUGAAGACCCUGAUUUCUUCAUGCUGAAGGGCAAGCUUCAGUAUGAGCUGCAGUACAGGAACCGGGGAGACCCCUGGGCUGUGAGUCCAAGGAGAAAGCUGAUCUCAGUGGACUCAAGAAGUGUCUCCCUCCUCCCCUUGGAGUUCCGCAAAGACUCGAGCUAUGAGCUGCAGGUGCGGGCAGGGCCCAUGCCUGGCUCCUCCUACCAGGGGACCUGGAGCGAGUGGAGUGACCCGGUCAUCUUUCAGACCCAGUCAGAGGAAUUAAAGGAAGGCUGGAACCCUCACCUGCUGCUUCUCCUCCUGCUUGUCAUAGUCUUCAUUCCUGCCUUCUGGGGACUGAAGACCCACCCAGCAUGGAGGCUGUGGAAGAAGACAUGGGUCGUCCCCAGCCCUGAGAAUUUCUUCCUGCCUCUCUACAAGUGCUACGGAGGAGACUUCAAGAAAUGGGUGGGUGCACCCCUCACCGCCUCCAUCCUGGAGCUGGGACCCUGGAGCCCAGAGGUACCCUCAGCCCUGGAGGUGUACAGUUGCCACCUACCACAGAGUCUGGCCAAGAGGCUGCAGCUCACGGAGCUGCGAGAACCGGCAGAGCUGGUGGAGUCUGACAGCGCGCCCAAGCCCAGCUCCUGGGCCACGGUCCAGAACUCCGGGGGCUCAGCCUACAGCGAGGAGGGGGACCGGCCGUACGGCCUGCUGUCCAUCGACACAGUGACUGUGCUAGAUGCAGAGGGGCUGUGCACCGGGCCUUGCAGCUGUGAGGAUGACGGCUACCCAGCCCUGGAUCUGGACGCCGGCCUUGAGCCCAGCCCAGGCCUAGCGGACCCACUCUUGGAUGCGGGCACCACAGUCCUCUCCUGUGGCUGUGUCUCGGCUGGCAGUCCUGGGCUAGGAGGGCCCUUGGGAAGCCUCCUGGACAGACUAAAGCCAUCCCUUGCAGAUGGGGAGGACUGGGCUGGGGGCCUGCCCUGGGGUGGCCGGUCACCCGGAGGGGCCUUAGAGAGUGAGGCGGGCUCGCCCCCGGCCGGCCUGGAUAUGGACACGUUUGACAGUGGCUUCGCGGGCUCUGACUGCAGCAGCCCUGUGGAGUGUGACUUCACCAGUCCUGGGGACGAAGGACCCCCUCGGAGCUACCUCCGCCAGUGGGUGGUCAUUCCCUCGACACUCUCGAACCCUGGACCCCAGGCCAGCUAGUGAGGCUGACUAGCUGUCCAGAGCUGGCCACUGGCUACCGGGUCCUGAGCCAGAGACAAGGCCACCUGGGCUGUGAUUGAAGACACCUGCAGCCUUUGGGCUCCCAGAUGAGCC